AGAACCGGGGAGCACCGGGGAGCACCGGGCUAGACAGUACUCCGGUACCGGGGCUCCAGCGAGCAGGAAGACCAAGAAGAAGGAAGGAGGCGCCAAAAGAGCCCAAAGAGCCUCGUCUAAUGUCUUCUCCAUGUUUGAACAGACUCAGAUUCAGGAGUUCAAAGAGGCUUUCACACUAAUCGAUCAAAACCGAGACGGAUUCAUCGAUAAAGAAGAUCUGAAGGACACAUACGCGUCGUUGGGUAAACUCAAUGUGAAGGACAAGGAACUGGAAGAGAUGCUGAAAGAAGCAACCGGCCCGAUUAACUUCACCAUGUUCCUCACUCUGUUUGGAGAGAAGCUGCACGGCACCGACCCUGAAGACACCAUCCUCAACGCUUUCAAAAUGUUCGACCCCAAACUGACGGGCUUCAUACACAAAGACGAAUUACAGAAAGCACUGAUGACACAAGCAGACAAGUUUACAUCCGAGGAGGUGAAGCAGAUGUUUCAGUCGUCCAACAUCGACACAUCUGGAAACCUGGAUUAUAAAUCUCUGUGUUAUAUUAUCACACACGGAGAGGAACAGGAGGAGUGA